AUGGCACCACAAGCAUUGGGCGAUCCGAAGUUGGCGGAGCAUAAGCAGGAAGAAUUGAAGUCGUCCGAGGAGAUUCAGAAGCCUGGGAAGCAUGGCCCUCGAAAGCGAGUAUCACAGGCUUGUGACAGGUGUCGAAGUAGGAAGGACAAAUGCGAUGGCAAAAAGCCGGCUUGUUCAACUUGUGUCACCAAUGGUAGAUCCUGUUCCUAUGACGCGAAUGUGAAGAAGCGAGGAUUGCCUGAAGGAUAUGUACGUGGACUCGAGAAGCUGUGGGGAAUAGCUAUAAAAGAGGUCAACACCAUCGAAGACAGCAUAUUGACCGCGCUAGCUGGCAAUGAGGACAACGAAAGUGUCCUCAGCGUGUGGAAUGACGAGAAUAACUCAGAAGCGUGGGUGGAAACUUGGCGGAAGUCUCAGAUGUCACGAGAGCUGGAGAGGUUACUUUCAUCCCAAGAGCCUUCGGUUGAGACUAUGAAAAGAAAGAGGGUCGACUCGGAUGCUCAGUCUUCCAAAAGACUCGAAACAUCCACUGGUUACCAGAAUGGGAACCAAUGGCAGGAAACCUCUGCCAGUAUGACAUCACAGAACGACUAUCAAAAGCCACAACCGGAGGCCCGAGUAUCCUCAGCCAUCGAUGACUUCCUGGUCAAAGAGUAUGAAUCAAUACUCAGUCCUUCGACUGCCCAUGGCGCGAUCUCAGGUGGUACGCCAGCUGCUGCUAACAUCGAUCUCCCAGAACUACCUUCAGAAACCUGGCAUCUUCUGGAUGUCUAUUUCUCAUAUACGCAUUCUUGGCUGCCAAUUAUUGAGAAGCAUGACUUGUUACGAACCUCAUAUCAAUACUCUCAGAACCGCAACACGGGGUCAACCCCAGCAUCUGGGGAAAACGCCGCAUUAUGGGCGGCCAUUGCAUAUGCGAAGUUUCAGCAUAGAGCUAUAAAUAAUAUCCCACGUGCUCUAGGCAAUGUUGGAGAGAUGGUGUGGACCGCGGAGAGAAUGUACUCGCAAGCAAGAGCCCUCAUUCCUAACGAGGAAGGCAAUCUUGAACUUGGUCACGUGCAGGCUCUCCUGAUUUUAACACUCUCAAAUAUGGGUAUGGGUCAUUAUAGCCGUGCUUGGUCUUUGAUUGGCCAAGCCGUUCGAGCUGCAAUUGAUCUUCAGCUUGACCAUCCUGUAGAGCUUUCUUCGAAUUCUGUAAGGUCCCGUUCGAGAUCGAAGCAUGUUUUCCUGGGCUGUUUCGUGCUCGAUACCCUGAUUUCAGCUCGUCUGAAACGCCGGCCACAUUUGAGAUCGGACGAAAUCGAAGUAGUCGGACUCGUCGAAGAGGAUGGCUUGGAAGAAUGGGAUCCGUGGGCAGACUGCCUGAACGUGCGCAGGUGUAGCAGCUCCCGGGUCCCGGCUGCGAUUCUCAGCACUUUCAAUCGGCUGAUUCAGUUGCUGAAGUCGUUAAACGAUGCUGUUUGUGUGCCUCCAGGUGCCAAUUACUUGCAAGCUAGUACGACUGUGCAAGACAAGUUGCAUAUCUGGAUCCAAUCACAGCCUGGCUCAUUGUUUGAUUUCAUCUCGAACGAUGGCGACCCAUCGACACUCUUACUUCCACAUCAGAACCAUCUGUAUAAUAUAUACGUCACGACGCUUGCCGCAUCGCAACUGCUUCCACGCAGCAACGAAUAUGAAGCAGUGGAUCUGGAACCAUGCACCAGGUCCGCAAAGCAAGUAGUUGGGCUUCUCAACCAACAUUCGAACAACUUUGGGCUUUUGAUAGUCCCCCCAACCUAUGAGUACUUCGUCAAAACAGCAUACGAUGUUGUUCAUACUGUCCAGAGCAGCAUUGAGAGUACGCAUAUAACUCUCAAUGAUUGGAAGAGGAAUCUGGACCACUGCCUUGAUGCCAUGGAAUCAGCUUGGCCUGUUUUCGAAACCUUCAAAUCUUCCAUAACCUACCAAGCAACUUCAGAACCUCGGCGACACAGCCAAGUUGCUUUUGACUUGAUAAGUGGCACCAGCCAAGACACUGAUACCCCCAUGUCCGGAGGGAAGACACCUCAAAGUAUAGCAAGUCAUGAAACGAUGAAUUCUCACAGUCCUCAAAUAUUUAGGACAAUAACCAGGCCCGAGGCCUCCACUCCGAGGAACACAAUGCAGUCGAUGAAAGCCCGGACACCACGGAGCUCGUCUUUCGGACAAUCGUCAGGCCACGGGUUACCACAGAAUCCUCUCAAUAUGUACGAAAAUGCUUACGCCCCGUAUCAAAACAAGCGCACUUCCACGUCAAUUGAUAAGUCGCCCGCCACUAUAACGAGCCUACAACCACAGCCUUCAUUUAACAUUCCGCCACCAAAUAACCCACAACUGCAUCGCUCAUUGACUAUGAGCUCUGCAGACGUAGAAUUCGAUCCCAUGUUUAACGAGCUCAUGCGUCUCGAUGCGACGGAAUGGUCCGGCAACUGGGACCAAAGCCUCAUGAACCUAGGCUUCACCGAGUCCGACAACAUGAACCAAGAUUUCUACGCCUUCUGUCAGGAGCCCGAUCCCCUACAACAAAACAAUGUUUUCCAGCAGCUGGUUGCCAACUCCAAUGCCGAGACGACGAAUUUCUUUGACGCGAGUGGGAAUGUAUUUGGUGGGAUGGCUAUAACACCUGGGUUUGGAGGAUUAGGAAUGGGAGUGGCUGUGGGUGACGAGAAUGAGGGGAUUGAGGCAGGGCAAAUAUUGCAGGCGCUGAGUGCGGCCGAAGAGCAGAGGACGGUAGGGAGAGGUGGUGGAUGA